ACAAACUCAACAAGACCCUGCUGACUCAUUGCUCACUACAGUGUACUGCGUUCAAGUUCUGGUUUGUAACAAUGCCCAAACUUGCCAGCAUUCCUUUGUGUCCUUCAGAGUCGGAAUUUCCUGAAAGAUGGGAUUUUGGACAAUCUCUCUUUUCCUAGCAUACUGUCAGAGAUUGCUACUGGGGUGUGGGCUGAACUCCAAAAAAGCAGGCACUUACUAUACUGUAUAUACGGAUUUUGUUUUUCACGUCUAUCCAAAUAUUUUCUACGGACUGAAUGGAACAAACUGAACUGAAGACUUUUGUUCAUAUGUUUACUUUUUAAUGAGGUAAUAAUUGACACAUUUUGUGAGCAGACGUAUCUUAUGUGAUUUCCGAUCACACUUAAUUGCAGCAAAUUGAGUUACGUUGUAGUAAGAGUUACCUUGGUGAGUGAUAAGAAUAUCCACUUACCCUUUUUCGUUGUCCUACUGUUUAUUUAGACCACACAUACACGCAUAGUAAAGGCGUUUUAUGAUUUUCGAGUGUCCCUGAACACAUCUCGCGGUAGUCCAGUGACAAUGAGGAAGUGUCGGACCAGAGACAUGCUUGCAAAUUGGAGAAACAUAAAUGGUGUUGGAAUUACACCACUGACAAAAUGUUACUGAGGGAAAUGUUGUAGUAUUCGGAAACUGGCUAUUACGGAAAAACAGGUCACAGAUAAAAAGAAUGUUCCAGUGCCUUAAGGUGAGAAAUUCCCAGUGUUCUUCCCAUCACCACACAGAUAGAGAUGUCAUUCCUUCCUGGAUGCAGGGUCAGUACAUUCUGUGAUGAAGCAACAGGGGCCAAAGUGAGUAUAAAUAGGAGCGUUAAACACACUCCUACAUCAGGCAAGAUCACAAUGAUCAGGACAAAUACACUUUCUUGAAUCUCAGAGCAGAACAACUUGAAACAGUCCAAGAUGAAGACUCUCGGUGUUGUUCUUGCAGUGGCCAUCAUGUUGGCCUGUAUUUAUCUUCAGGAGAGCUCAGCCACCCCAGUCAGUGGAACGGAACAGCUGGAGGAGGUGAUGGACAGUAAAAGUGCAGUUGCUGCAUACGACGAGACCUUUGAGGAAUCCUGGAAGAUGCCGUAUACCAACAGACACAAGCGUGGCUUCAAGUGUCGUUUCUGCUGUGGAUGCUGCAGACCUGGCGUCUGUGGAGUGUGCUGCAGGUUCUAAGUCCUGCACCAACCUCCAUGCCGUUUACAUUCUGUUCCGGCUUGACAUCAAAUUUGCCAGUUUAACAAUAUAGAAAAAUACAACAGUAGACCCGGUUUGUAAAUGUGUGUUUGUUCAAUAUGCUAACACUUACUGUACU